CGUGUCCAGGUUGGCGGCCCCCGGCGCGGCCGGCCCGGAUGCGCCGAGCGGCCCAGGGCGCAGGGGAGGGCGCGGCGGGUUCGCUGGGCCUGCGCCCCGGACGGUGGGAGUCAGGGAAACGGGAGGAGGAGACUGUCUGAAGGUGCACUUCCAGACGCGGCCCUGAUGACUGAACUACAGCAAGAUGUGGACGACACAAAGCCUGCCAAAGUGCUCGGGAAGAGAGAGAGCAAAAUUGGCUCAGCCCACUCAGAGGCUGAGAAUGGUGUGGAGGAGAAAAAGAAGGUCUGCAGGGCGCCAGCAGCCCUGUCCCCUGCUCCGUGCAGCGAGGCCGAGUCCGCAGACCAGAAGAGAAUCAUUUCCCUGCGGUCAAAAUCCAGUUUUGAUGGUGCCUCUUUAGCAAGUGAGAAGAACGACUGUAAAACAGAAAGCAAGAAUGACUCUAAGACUGAAAGGAAAAAGUUCUCAUCUUCCAGCCAGGACAAGGCAAACAUGCACUUCCACAAGCUGUUUCUGGAUGUCCCCACUGAGGAACCCCUGAGGCAAAGUUUUACCUGUGCUCUACAGAAAGAAAUCUUAUACCAAGGGAAGCUCUUUGUAUCAGAAAACUGGAUUUGUUUUCAUUCCAAGGUCUUUGGAAAAGACACUAAGAUCUCUAUUCCGGCUUUCUCGGUAACCCUGAUAAAGAAAACCAAAACUGCCCUUCUGGUGCCAAAUGCCCUGAUUAUAGCGACUGUCACAGACAGGUACAUAUUUGUCUCCUUACUCUCCAGAGAUUCAACUUACAAACUACUAAAAUCUGUGUGUGGACACUUAGAAACUACAAGUGUUGGCAACAGUCCCAAUCCAUCUUCUCUUGAAAACAGUUUCCAGGCAGACCGCCCUUCAUCUCUGCCUCUGGAUUUCAACGAUGAAUUCUCAGAUCUGGAUGGAGUGGUACGGCAAAGAAGGCAAGACAUGGAAGGAUACAGCAGUUCUGGAUCCCAGACUCCUGAAUCUGAGAACUCUCGAGAUUUCCAUGUGACAGAAUCCCAGACAGUUCUGAAUGUCUCCAAGGGAGAAGCAAAACCAACUCGGGCAGAUGCCCUUGUGAACAGAGUGCCUGAAGGAAAAGCCAAGAGUCUCCCUGGGCAUGGUCAGUCAGAAACCAUUGGAGUCAUACCCAGAGUAAAGUCUCAGAAAUGUCCGACUCUCCACCAUAUUCUUAUAUUCUAUGCAAUUGUUGUCUGUGCACUAAUCAUCUCGACCUUCUACAUGAGAUACAGAAUUAAUUCUCUGGAGGAGCGGCUGGGGUCACUAACCUCCAUCGUGGACACCCAUCAGACUGAACAGACAGCACCAUCCAGCCCAGGGUCGCACGUACAGUUAAAUGUGGAGGUCCUGUGCCGAGAGCUUACAGCCAACAUAAUGAGACUAGAAAAGAUACAAAACAACUUACAAAAGCUACUUGAGAAUGGUGACUGACCAGCCAGAAGCUUGGACCAAUGCAAUACCUCGCACUUCCCUUGAAGUAGGUGCUCCCCAGGCAUUCUGGUGGAGUGCUCCCUGCUGGCC